AUGUCUACUUAUGUGUUGCCGAGGUACUGUCUUCUACAAAACAGCCCAACAAUUAACCAGAAUCCCUUAGGAAAAACAGCUGACUCCUUCAUCUCUGACUCCUCGGACUUCUGCUCCAAACUCAAGAACAUCACCGAUCCAGAUCAGAUCAUCAGUUACGACUUUGUAGACCUCUUCACCAACGUACCCAUAGAUGACACUCUGCAAAUUCGCCGCCGCCGCAUCACUGAAACUCCUCUUGAAACCAGCCUAUCCACUGAAUCUAUCAUCGCCCUCACCACCGCCUGUAUCUCCUCUACAUACUUCACCUGGGGCGACGAGUACUAUCAAAAGAUACACGGCCAACACAUGGGAUCCCCACUCUCUUCUAUCCUAACUGAAAUCUACGUGACCUACUUCGAACAGCAAGCCCUCACCACAUCACCCGUCCAACCUAUUUGCUGGUACAGGAAAGUUGACGACACCUUUGUCAACCUAAAACAAGACCAAAACCCAACCCUGCUACUACAACAUCUUAACACCCCCGAGUACCUUUCACCAUCGAAAUAG